AAGCGUGUUCUCGACCACGGUGUUAGCAGUGUCUGCCGGGUCGAGAGUGCGAUCGAAUCGUGGACCACCGUAAAUCAUUGAGAAAAUGAACGACCACGCGACCGUGGUUCGUGGUUCCGCGAAAAUCGCCUACCUCGUGCUCGAGGAUGGCUCGGUUUUCCCGGGAAAAUACUUUGGCGCGGAAAAACCGGUUGACGGUGAAGUCGUGUUCCAGACCGGUAUGGUGGGUUACCCGGAGUCGCUCACAGAUCCUUCCUACCACGCUCAAAUUCUAGUACUCACGUAUCCGCUGAUCGGAAAUUAUGGCGUGUUCGAUGACGAACUGGACGAGCACAAAAUACCAUAUUGGUUCGAAUCCCACCGGAUAUGGGCAGCAGGUCUAGUGGUCGGCGAAAUAUGCGAAAAUCCGAGUCACUGGCGACAAACGAAAACGUUAUCUGAGUGGAUGAAGAUACAAAACAUUCCUGGUAUAUACGAAAUCGAUACCAGAGCCCUGACGAAAAUUAUUCGCGAAAACGGCACUAUAUUGGGGAGAAUCGUGUUCGAAUCUCCGCAAAUAAAUCACCUGUCACCCCUAGUUCCUCCGAUAGAGGAUCCCAACAAGAGAAAUCUCGUGGCAGAAGUUGCUCAGCCUAAUCAAAGAACGUACAACCCUAGCGGUCACCCUCGUAUAUGCGUGGUGGACUGCGGCCUGAAGUACAAUCAAUUAAGGUGUCUGAUUAGCCGAGGUGCUCGCGUAGACGUGGUGCCAUGGGAUUACGACUUCAGCGAAGCCGAGUACGACGGCCUGUUCCUCAGCAACGGGCCAGGCGAUCCCAGCAUGUGCGAAACGACGGUGAAAAAUAUUCGCGCCGCCUUGGAAUCACGGAAGGGAAAACCGAUUUUCGGUAUAUGUCUGGGACACCAGUUGCUCUGCAUCGCUGCCGGUUGCGUUACAUAUAAGAUGAACUACGGAAAUCGUGGUCACAAUCAACCCGUCACACAUCACGGAACUGGCCGCUGUUAUAUGACGUCCCAGAACCACGGAUUCACGGUCGACGCUAGUCAACUGCCAGCUAAUUGGGAAGCCCUCUUCACCAACACCAACGACAAUAGCAACGAGGGGGUGGUGCACUCCAGCCUGCCGUAUUUCUCUGUUCAGUUUCACCCGGAGCACACUGCUGGUCCCGAAGACUUGGAAUGUCUAUUCGACGUGUUCCUAGACGCCGUGAAAGACGACGCCAGCGGAAAACCCGGGAUGUCCAUCAAGGAAAGGCUGAAUCAGAAGUUGGCCUUCCACGUCAACAACCCUGACGUCGCUGUUCGGCCGAAGAAGGUGCUGAUUUUGGGAUCUGGCGGCCUCAGCAUCGGCCAAGCUGGGGAGUUCGACUACUCGGGCUCGCAAGCUAUCAAAGCACUGAGGGAAGAAUGCAUACAGACGCUUCUGAUCAAUCCCAAUAUCGCCACUGUUCAAACGUCCAAAGGCAUGGCUGACAAAGUUUACUUCUUGCCCAUCAUACCCGAAUACGUGGAACAGGUGAUACAGUCGGAGCGUCCCGACGGCGUGCUCUUGACUUUCGGCGGACAGACUGCCCUCAACUGUGGCGUCGAGUUAGAAAGGAGUGGAGUGUUCCAGAAGUAUAACGUGAAAAUCUUGGGAACACCUAUACAGUCGAUCAUAGAAACCGAGGACAGGAAAAUCUUUGCGGAGAAGAUCAGCGAGAUCGACGGGAAGGUCGCGCCAAGUGCCGCGGUCUAUUCCAUUCAAGAGGCAUUGGACGCAGCCGAGAUGCUGGGUUAUCCCGUGAUGGCGAGAGCUGCGUUCUCCCUGGGAGGAUUAGGAUCAGGGUUCGCGAAUACGAAGGAAGAGUUGAAGAUCUUGGCACAGCAGGCUUUCGCCCAUUCGAAUCAGUUGAUCAUCGACAAGUCGCUGAAGGGUUGGAAGGAAGUCGAAUACGAGGUUGUCCGCGACGCUUAUGACAACUGCAUCACUGUCUGCAACAUGGAGAACGUCGAUCCUCUCGGCAUCCACACUGGCGAAUCGAUCGUCGUCGCACCAAGUCAAACUUUGUCGAAUAGGGAGUAUAACAUGCUCAGGACGACGGCUACAAACGUCAUCAGGCAUUUCGGCAUCGUUGGAGAAUGCAACAUCCAGUACGCGUUGAACCCAACCUCUGAGGAGUACUACAUCAUCGAAGUGAACGCAAGAUUGUCGAGGAGUUCGGCUCUAGCCAGCAAAGCCACAGGUUAUCCUCUGGCUUACGUUGCUGCCAAGUUGGCGCUUGGUAUCCCCUUACCGGAUAUCAAUAAUUCCGUCACGGGGGAAACAACGGCGUGCUUCGAGCCUAGUCUCGACUAUUGCGUUGUCAAAAUCCCGAGAUGGGAUCUUGGCAAGUUUCAUCGGGUGAGCACGAAGAUCGGUAGCUCUAUGAAGAGCGUAGGAGAAGCGAUGGCGAUCGGACGCAAGUUCGAGGAAGCCUUCCAGAAGGCCCUGAGAAUGGUCGACGAGAAUAUAAACGGGUUUGAUCCUUACAUGAAAGAUCCCAACGACGAGGAAUUAGAAAAACCGACUGACAAGAGGAUGUUCGUCCUCGCUGCUUCGAUAAAAGCUGGAUACACGAUCGAUCGAUUGUACGAAUUGACGAAGAUUGAUCGAUGGUUUCUCCACAAGAUGAAGAAUAUUAUCGACUACUAUUUGGUGUUGGAGAACGUGGACCACACGAAAUUGUCGCACGAUGUCCUACUGAGAGCGAAGCAAAUCGGAUUUUCGGACAAGCAAAUCGCCGCUGUGGUCAAAAGCUCGGAACUGGCCGUUAGGAUACAAAGACAAGAGAGCAAUAUACGACCGUUGGUGAAGCAAAUAGACACGGUGGCUGCUGAGUGGCCGGCCACGACUAAUUACCUUUAUUUAACGUACAAUGGCAAUACACACGACGUGGAAUUCCCUGGCGGAUACAUGAUGGUGAUCGGUUCCGGGGUGUAUCGUAUCGGUAGUUCAGUGGAAUUCGAUUGGUGCGCCGUGAGUUGCCUGCGCGAGCUACGAAACUUGGGACGAAAGACUAUCAUGGUCAACUAUAAUCCUGAAACAGUCAGCACUGAUUACGACAUGAGCGAUCGACUGUACUUUGAGGAAAUCUCAUUCGAAGUCGUGAUGGACAUCUACGACCAAGAAUGUCCAGAGGGAAUUAUCUUAUCCAUGGGCGGUCAGUUGCCGAACAACAUCGCUAUGGAUCUUCACAGACAACAAGCCAGGAUCCUUGGGACGUCGCCCGAAUCCGUCGAUGGUGCUGAGAAUCGUUUCAAAUUUUCCCGCAUGUUGGAUGGCAUUGGAAUUUCACAGCCUAGGUGGAAGGAACUGACCAAUCUGAAAUCCGCCAUCGAGUUCUGCGAGGAAGUCGGUUACCCCUGUUUAGUGCGUCCUUCCUACGUGUUAAGUGGCGCCGCGAUGAACGUGGCGCACUCGAACCACGAUCUUGAGUCGUAUUUGAAGAGCGCCAGUGAAGUAAACAAAGAGCAUCCCGUGGUUAUAUCGAAGUUUAUCCUCGAGGCGAAGGAAAUAGACGUCGACGCAAUCGCCUACGAUGGAGUUAUACUUUGCAUGGCGGUGUCAGAACACGUGGAGAACGCUGGUGUUCAUUCAGGCGACGCCACCCUCGUCACCCCGCCGCAGGACAUCAAUGCCGAGACUUUGACGAAAAUAAAAAUCAUUUCCAAAGCUGUUGCUGCCUCGCUCUGCGUGACGGGUCCCUUCAACAUGCAGCUGAUCGCUAAGGACAAUGAGCUGAAAGUCAUCGAAUGCAACGUCAGGGUAUCCAGAUCCUUUCCUUUCGUUUCGAAGACCUUGGAUCACGAUUUCGUAGCCAUGGCCACGCGAUUGAUCGUUGGAGAGCCUGUCGAGCCUGUCGACGUCCUUGCUGGAUGUGGCAAAGUCGGCGUUAAAGUCCCCCAAUUCUCUUUCUCGCGUCUUGCUGGAGCCGACGUGAUGCUUGGUGUCGAGAUGGUUUCCACCGGAGAGGUCGCUUGUUUUGGAGACAACCGAUACGAAGCAUACUUGAAGGGAAUGAUGAGCACAGGCUUUCAUAUACCUCAGAAGGGUAUCCUGCUCUCUGUCGGCAGCUUCAAGCAUAAAAUGGAACUGCUACCGUCCAUUCGCAGCCUUCGCAAAAUGGGAUACAAGUUGUACGCCAGCAUGGGCACCGCUGACUUCUACACCGAGCACGGGGUCGAGGUGGAACCCGUGCAAUGGACGUUCGAGAAUAUCAGCGUUAACGAAGAUGCCAGCCCGAGCGAGCUUAGGCAUCUGGCUGAUUUCCUUUCGAAGAAACAGUUCGAUCUAAUAAUAAAUUUGCCAAUGAGGAACGGCGGUGCGCGACGUGUCUCCAACUUCAUGACGCAUGGAUAUCGUACAAGAAGGCUCGCCGUUGAUUACUCAGUUCCACUGAUUACGGAUGUUAAAUGCGCAAAACUACUCGUUGAAGCUAUGAGGAUGCUCAACGGGCGUGCACCUCGCAUGAAGACCCACACAGACUGCGUGUCUUCGCGAAAGAUGAUCAAGCUUCCUGGUCUGAUCGACAUUCACGUGCAUACCCGCGAUCCUGGCGCUGUUUACAAGGAGGACUUUGCAUCCUGCACCGCAGCUGCGCUCGCAGGAGGCAUCACGAUGAUCUUGGCGAUGCCAAACACGAAUCCCGCGGUCGUCGAUCUUCAAUCAUUUUGCUUGGCCAAGGAGCGCGCUGUCUCCAGCGCGAGAUGCGAUUAUGGAAUUUUCAUGGGCGCAUCGUCGGACAAUUACAAUAUAAUACCAGAGUUGGCACCACUGGCUGCGGGUCUGAAGAUGUACCUGAACGAGACAUUUACGACGCUCCGACUGACUGAUCUCACAGCAUGGAUUAGGCACUUUCAAAGCUGGCCAAAGAACCAUCCCCUUUGCGUGCACGCCGAGGGCCAAACGACGGCCGCCGUUCUCUUAUUGGCUGUAUUACACAACCGGCCCAUUCACGUGUGUCACGUGGCUAGAAAGGAAGAGAUUCAAAUAAUACGCGCAGCUAAAGAGAAAGGAAUGGCGGUGACUUGCGAGGUCUGCCCUCACCAUUUGUUCCUUUGCGAGGAGGACCUCGAGCGCAUCGGUCACGGACGAGGUCAAGUGAGACCGAUAUUAGGAACCAAAGAAGAUCAACAAGCUCUAUGGGAGAAUUUGGACGUGAUCGAUUGCUUCGCGACGGAUCACGCACCACACACGGUACAAGAGAAAUCCAGCGAGAAACCGCCACCUGGAUUCCCGGGGCUCGAAACCAUGCUUCCGCUUUUGCUGACCGCCGUCCACGAAGGAAAAAUGACGAUGGAGGACGUGAUAGAUAAACUCUACAGAAAUCCGAAACGAAUCUUCAACAUACCAGACCAACCGAACACUUACAUCGAGGUAGACCUUGACGACGAGUGGGUAAUUCCGGAGGCCAUGCCCUUCAGCAAGUCGAAGUGGACGCCAUUUGCUGGAAUGAAGGUUCGAGGAACGGUUCACAGGGUGGUCCUCAGAGGCGAGGUCGCGUACGUCGAGGGACAGGUCCUGGUGAAUCCUGGGUUCGGGCAGGACAUCAGACAAAUACAGGUGGCGAAACACCAAGGUCACAUGAACAUUCCGCCUGUCGUCGACGUCACUAGUCGACCCAGCUCGGCGUUGGAUGGUCUUCUGUCCCCGAACCAUGAGAAGUAUAAUAGUUAUCCUGAACGGAUGACGGACAUGACGGAGGAAGAACAAAAUGAUCCAUUCGCCCAAUUGCUGCAGCCAGUGACACAAAAGUCUAACGUCCACUUUGCCGUGGACGUGGACUCUCGCGAGCAAACGAAAGCUUCCCUGUUGCAGCGUACCAUUUCACCCCUUCCUAUCAGUAGCGCGAUGAAGUUCAAGAGCGACAGCAACCCUAAUCUAUUCGUGUCGUCAGUUGCACUGGUUCCGCCUGUUUCUACCACUCACAGCCUCAUUGGACAUAGCAUUCUAUCCGUGGACAUUUUCAACAAGGAAAUACUGAAGGACCUCUUCAACAUUGCGGAAUUCCUUCGCAACGCCAUUAGAAAGGAACGUCCCAUCGAUCAUAUUUUACGAGGAAAGAUAAUGGCGUCGAUCUUCUACGAGGCCAGCACUAGAACUUCUUGCAGUUUCGCCGCUGCGAUGGAGCGACUCGGAGGAAGGGUGAUAUACAUGGACGGAUCCACGUCAUCGGUGAAGAAGGGAGAAACCUUGGAAGAUUCGGUAGUAGUCAUGGCUGGAUACGCCGACGUAGUCGUCCUUCGACAUCCCGAGCCUGGUGCAGUAUCGAGAGCGGCGCAACAUUGUAGGAAGCCAUUGUUGAACGCUGGCGACGGGGUCGGUGAACAUCCGACGCAGGCCUUGCUGGAUAUCUUCACGAUACGUGACGAGAUCGGUACGGUGAAUGGACUGACCAUCACUAUGGUUGGGGAUUUGAAGCACGGCAGGACUGUCCAUUCUCUCGCAAGGUUACUGACCCUGUACAAUGUCGAGCUACGAUACGUGUCACCCCCCGGCCUUGGAAUGCCUGAGCACGUGGUGAAGUACGUGUCCAAGAGGGAAAUUCCACAGACAAAGUUCUCCAGUCUUGAGGACGCGCUUCCUGACACAGACGUCCUGUACAUGACGCGAAUUCAGAAGGAACGUUUCGCCAACCCGCAGGAGUAUCGACAGGUUUGCGGGCAUUUUGUGAUAACGCCACAGUUGAUGUCCCGCGCAAAGAGAAAGAUGAUAGUGAUGCAUCCUCUGCCUCGUGUCUUCGAGAUUAGCCCAGCGUUCGACAUGGAUCCACGCGCUGCUUACUUCCGACAAGCUGAAAACGGCGUUUACGUUCGAAUGGCUCUGUUGGAGAUGGUUCUUAGAAGACCAUGAUCGAUCCAACAACCGAUAAACAAACGUGUUUUAUCAGACGAGACCAAUUUGACUAUCAAGAAAACCAUCGAUACAAGAAGAACAGUUCUAAUUAACCUAUGAUCCGUGUACAUUGUUUUAUAGUCAAUCAAAGGGACACAAGAAACCAUCGACGAAGAACGGCAAUGCCAGGGAAAAGACAACUACCUUUUUUAUCAUACGUUUGCAAACUUCAUGUCCCGUCCUCCCGACAUUUGAAUCCUUGCAUUAGGAGCUUCAUCUUCAUCCAGGCCGAUAAUGCAACGCUUCCGCCAGACAUUCCGCACGUGUAAAAUUUCCCACGAAUCUGUUUUGAUGGACAGUUUUUAUCUGUACGUAAUAUAUUUACAGAGGCGAUUAAAAUUUG